GGCCUCUAGGAGCGUCACAUAGCCAUGUUAAAGUCAGCCUGUCUUGCGCUGAUCGCUUUGACCACUUCGGUGGUUGGAGUUCCUGCAAUCAAUUCCUUUGAGAUUCCUGAUAACCUGCCGGCGAAUGAAACUGAAUUGUCCCCACCUUAUACUUAUGUUCUACCUACGGACUACGCCCCUAAAUCACAUGGGAUUCCCUACACAAUCUUGAACCAGUCCGCCAAGCCAUGGGAGCAUCUGAACCAGCCACCAGCCCGACAGGCAACGAAACUCACCUCCCGAGCCUGCACGCCUCUCACCGCUAAUAAUCCCAGUAGCUGGUGGUAUGAGUCUAUCACUCAUAACGGCCAAUCGUCGUUUAUGUCCUCCUCGUACAAGAGCAACUACAAAGUCUUCCGUAAUGUCGUCACCGAUUAUGGUGCUGACCGUACUGGCGCCACCUCUGCUAAUGUGGCUAUCCAGAAUGCCAUCCAAGCUGGAGCCUCUAACGGUCCUAACCGGGCCAGCAACUCGAUGGGGACUACUGGCCAGCCAGCAGUCAUCUACAUUCCAUCAGGAACAUAUCUGCUAACGGGAAGUCUCCAACUCUAUGUUGGGACCGUUCUCGUGGGUGAUCCUAUCAAUCCACCAGUCCUGAAAGCCGCCGCCAAUUUUCCCAGCGAUCACAUCAUCUACGGCAAGGACCCCAACCAUGACGGUACGAUCAACUUCUAUAUCGGCCUUAAGAAUGUCAUUAUCGAUUCGACCGCCGUAAGCCCAUCCCAAAAUAUUGCGCUGCUGGAUUGGACCGUCAGCCAGGCUACCCAAUUGGCAAACGUGGUAUUUAACAUGCCAAAUUACUCUACAGGACAUGUCGGUGUCACUUCACAAUAUGGAUACAAUAGCAACGUCAUCCUGAAUGACCUGACCUUUAACGGUGGUGCAUACGGCCUGAAGUUGUCGGGUCAACAAUGGAUUCUUAAGAAUAUCAAGACUAGCGGUACCACCACGGGUAUCCAAGUUGGUGGGUUUAAUCUCGUCUGCCUUGCUUGCUCCUUCACAAACGCAGCUACUGGUAUCGAUGCUACUGGAGUCUCUGCCUCCCUGGUGGUCAUCGACUCGAGCGGAACUAGCAUUGGAACUUUUGUUAGUGGCACUAACAAUGGCGGAGCUGGAAAUUCCAUCAUUCUGGAGAAUAUUCAGAACAGUGGUACGACGGUUAAAUUGAGUGGGGUCACUGUUCUGAGCGGCAACGUGGCUGACACUUGGGUUUACGGUAACAUGUACGCACGUGGCAGCAACAGCCCUCAACACGUUAAUGGACAGUCAGUGACAACUCCUCGGGCGGCAGCCCUCCUCUCUAACGGCAAAUACUUUACAAUGGCUCCGCCAACCUACCAGAAAUACUCGGUGGAUCAGGUGCUCAAUAUCAAAAACGUGGCAGGCCUUCCAGUUUAUGGUGACGGUGCUACCGACGAAACGAACAAUAUCAAUGCCAUCCUAUCGCAGUAUGCGGGCUGCAAAAUUAUCUACUUCCCGGCAGGAACCUACAUCGUGACCAACACCAUCAAUGUCCCUGCUGGCUCUCGAAUUUAUGGAGACGCCUUUGGAACAGCUAUAUCCGCACUUGGAGGAAACUUCUAUAAUCCCGCGGCGCCGGCGACAAUGGUAAAAGUUGGAAAUGCAGGAGAUGUAGGCGUAGCUCAAAUAACUGAUAUGCUCUUUACUGUUGCAGACGUCCUGCAGGGUUGCAAGUUGGUGGAAGUUAAUAUUGCCGGAUCCAACCCCGGCGAUGUUGGCUUCUUCAACACUCACUUCCGAAUUGGUGGCGCGGCAGGCAGCAAGGUUGAGACUAAUUGCGGUGGCACCCCCGAUCAGUGCAAGGCUGCUUGGGGCCUUAUCCAUCUGACGAGCACCUCCUCUGCCUAUAUCGAAAACAUGUGGGGCUGGACAGCCGAUCAUGAUCUUGAUGGUGGAAACGGUGCCACCAUCUCGAGUGGUCGAGGCCUUCUCGUUGAAGCUACGAAGGCAACCUGGCUCGUUGGAACGGCCAUGGAACACCACACGUUGUACCAGUACAACUACAACAACGCAAAAAACGUUUUCUCCGCGUUCCAGCAGAGUGAAACUCCCUACUGGCAAGGCCCCGGCAACGACCUAGCCCCUGCACCGUGGGCCAGCAACCUCAUUGCUAGCGACCCAGACUUCUCUAAUUGCGCCGCUGCUGACUCAACCUGUCGCAUGGCCUUCUUUGAGAGGAUUAGCGGAUCCUCUGACCUAUUCUUGUACAACGGAAUGGUUUGGGCCUUCUUUAACAAUGGGGGCGGUUGCAAUGGGGAUUGCCAGAAGAAUGCAGUUGAGAUUACAAGCUCCUCUAGGCUGUAUAUCUACGGGCAGAAUGUCAAGGCCGUUACGAAUAUUUUCCUCGAGGGCACUACUGUGGUGGCGACGGAGAGUGCUAAUAGUGGAGGUUGGGGUGGUGUUGUGGCUGCUUAUCUGCGUGAUACUUAAAGAAAGACG